CUUACACUAGGAAAGCGAGAGAGAUCUAAUGGACAAUUCAAACGGAGAACUCCAACAAAUAUCUGAUUCUCAGGUUCUGGGUUCUACGAGCUCCCUUUCGCUUCCUUCUGAGCCUCCUGAUAUUAGAAACUGGUUCCCAAGCUAUGAGUAUGAGUCUCCUGUACUGGACUCAAAUGAAAAUUUUGGAGAUUCUGUUUCUAAAGAAAUUCAAUUUGCAAAAAGUGAUUUGGUUAUCGAAGAGGGUGACAGAGAAAAGGAAGAAAAUCCUGGUGGGCUUAAGAAAAUCAGGAAAAGAGACGAAGAGUUUGUUGCUGAGAAGCUUUGCUCCAAUGGGUUUGUGAAUUGUAGCAGCUUUUUGGGAAGUGAUAAGCUUGAAGGCCCGUCUUUAAACAAGCUUGAAUAUUCAUCAGACUCGCCUUUCCUUCUUUCUGAGCCUCCUGACAUCAGAAACUGGUUUGCAAGCUAUGUUUAUGAGUCUCCUGAAUUGGAUACAAGCAAUUAUUUUGGAGAUUCUCUUUCUAAAGACGGUGAAUGCGAGUGUGAUGGGUUUGUCAAUGAAGAGAGCAACACAGAAACGGGAAAGACACAGAGCAACUCUUUUGGAAAUAAUGAACAGAGACAGCAGUCUUCAAGAGAGGGUGACAAUUGGGUUGGUAAGCAAACCUUGAAAGAUUCAUCAGCCUUGAUUAUUGAAGGCUCUCAUUGUAAGCUACGGAAACCCCAAAAAACUACUUGCGUGCCUGAGAAUAUGAGUAAAACUUCAGGCUGUGAUGAUGGAAAAUCCCUAGAACAGUUUAUUUAUAAGAGAGAUUCAACACAUGGAAGCAGUGGCAAAGAAAAUGAAGGAAAAGAUAUAUCAGAAAAUGGUUUUGUUACAACAAGGAAAAACAAGGAGAAUUUCUUGAGAAGCCCAGAAGGGAUUAAUAGAAGGGCAGUUCCAUUGGGUGGUGGAAAGAAUGGUGCCACAGAAAGAAAGUUCUUAGCAGAAACAACAAAUUUUCAAUACUCUGAUGCAAUGGAGGUUGCUGGGAAAUGGAGGUGUCCUCAAAGGAGUAAGCCAAAUCUAGGGCCUCCUUUAAAGCAACUUCGGCUGGAGCAAUGGAUUCACAGGAAGUGAAAGGCUUCGUGAGUAGAAAUCUAGAUUGCCUAUAUUAAGGUGGUCAAUAUUUCUCUUUCAAAUUCAACCAAUAUUGUCUCUUUGUACAUCUAUGUGGAAUUCGUUUAUCUAGGUAUUUUUGACUUCAGACUGAUAAUAGCUUGAACUGUGUUUAAUG